UGUAUCCCUGGCCCCCGUCCAGCUUGGAGCUCAGUCGUCCACCAAAGGCCGCUCAGUUCUCCCGGGCUCCAGCCUGCUGCAAGGACGGCAAGAGGAGUUUUCCUGGCAGCUCCCGGAGUCCCCGCUCCCUCUGCUUGGGUAGAGAAAGGCUGCAGAAGCAGAAGGAGACGCAGCGUGUGGGAAAAAUAUGCGUCCUAUUCCAACAUAAUUGAAUCUAGAAGCCCAGGGACACACACAGCUUCAGGUUUGCUCAGGGGUUCCUAUCUGGUGCUCAGACAAACUCAAAAUGAGGCGGCACCGACACGUGCCCUUAGUGGCCGUCUUGUGCCUCUUUCUCUCAGGCUUCUCCACGACUCACGCCCAGCAACAGCAAGCAGAUGUCAAAAAUGGUGCCGCUGCUGAUAUAAUAUUUCUAGUGGAUUCCUCUUGGAGCAUUGGAAAGGAACAUUUCCAACUUGUUCGAGAGUUUCUGUAUGAUGUUAUAAAAUCUUUAGCUGUGGGAGAAAAUGAUUUCCAUUUUGCUCUGGUCCAGUUCAACGGAAACCCACAUACCGAGUUCCUGUUAAAUACGUAUGGCACUAAGCAAGAAGUCCUGUCCCAUAUUUCCAACAUGUCCUAUACUGGGGGCAGCAAUGAGACUGGAAAAGGAUUAGAAUACGUAAUGCAAAACCACCUCACUAAGGCUGCCGGAAGCCGGGCCGGUGACGGCGUCCCUCAGGUUAUCGUAGUGUUAACCGAUGGACACGCGGAGGAAGGCCUUGCUCUGCACACAGCGGAACUUAAGUCUGCUGAUGUGAACGUGUUUGCAAUUGGCGUUGAGGAUGCAGAUGAAGGAGCCUUAAAAGAAAUAGCAAGUGAACCGCUCAAUAUGCAUGUUUUCAACCUAGAGAAUUUUACCUCACUCCAUGACAUAGUAGGAAACUUAGUGUCCUGUGUGCAUUCAUCCGUGAGUCCACAAAGGGCUGGGGACACGGAAACCCUUAAAGACCUCACAGCACAAGACUCUGCUGACAUUAUUUUCCUUAUUGAUGGAUCAAACAACACCGGAAGUGUCCAUUUCGCUGUCAUUCGCGACUUCCUUGUAAAUCUCCUUGAGAGACUGUCAAUCGGAACGCAGCAGAUCCGAGUGGGGGUGGUCCAGUAUAGCGAUGCGCCCAGAACCGUGUUCUCCUUGGACACCUACUCCACCAAGGCGCAGGUUCUAGAUGCAGUGAAGGCCCUCGGGUUUGCUGGCGGGGAGUUGGCCAACAUCGGCCUCGCCCUUGAUUUCGUGGUGGAGAACCACUUCACCCGGGCAGGGGGCAGCCGAGCAGAGGAAGGGGUUCCCCAGGUGCUGGUCCUCAUAAGUGCCGGGCCGUCUAGUGACGAGAUUCGUGACGGGGUGGUAGCACUGAAGCAGGCUAGCGUGUUCUCAUUCGGCCUCGGAGCCCAGGCCGCCUCCAGGGCAGAGCUUCGGCACAUAGCUACCGAUGACAACUUGGUGUUUACUGUCCCGGAAUUCCGUAGCUUUGGGGACCUCCAGGAGCAAUUACUGCCGUUCAUUGUUGGCGUGGCCCAAAGGCACAUUGUCUUGCAACCGCCAACCAUUGUCACACAAGUUAUCGAAGUGAACAAGAGAGACAUAGUCUUCCUGGUGGAUGGCACAUCCGCUCUGGGACCGGCCAGCUUCAAUGCCGUCCGAGACUUCGUUGCCAAAGUCAUCCAGAGGCUGGAAAUCGGACAGGACCUCAUCCAAGUGGCAGUGGCGCAGUACGCAGACACGGUUCGGCCCGAGUUCUAUUUCACUAGCUACCCGAACAAGAGGGAAGUCGUCGCCGCGGUGCGGGCAAUGAAGCCCCUGGACGGCGGGGCCCUGCGGACGGGCGCCGCGCUGAACUUCGUGCGCAACAACCUGUUCACGGACUCGGCCGGCUACCGGGCUGCCGAGGGGGUCCCCAAGCUCUUGGUGCUGCUCACAGGCGGUAAGUCCCUAGAUGAGGUCAGCCAGCCCGCCCAGGAGCUGAAGAAAAGCAACAUCAUGGUCUUUGCCGUCGGGAGCAAGGCUGCCGACCGGGCUGAGCUGGACGAGAUCGCUUUUGACUCCUCCCUGGUGUUCGCUCCCGCGGAGUUCCGGGCCGCCCCGCUGCAAGGCAUCCUGCCCGGCCUGCUGGCGCCCCUCAGGACCCUCUCCGGAACCACUGAAGUUCACGUAAACAAAAGGGAUAUCAUCUUUCUUUUGGAUGGAUCGGUCAACGUUGGAAAAACCAAUUUCCCUUAUGUGCGUGACUUUGUAAUGAACCUAGUUAACAGCCUUGAUGUUGGAAAUGACAACAUUCGUGUUGGUUUAGUGCAAUUUAGUGACACUCCGGUGACGGAGUUCUCUCUAAACACAUACCAGACCAAGUCAGAGCUGCUUGCUCACCUGAGGCAGCUGCAGCUGCAGGGGGGUUCGGGCCUGAACACUGGCUCGGCCCUGAGCUAUGUCCAUGCCAACCACUUCUCCGAAGCUGGCGGCAGCAGGAUCCGUGAACACGUGCCGCAGCUGCUGCUCCUGCUCACAGCCGGGCAGUCUCAGGACUCCUAUUUGCAAGCCGCCAAUGCCCUGGCGCGCGCGGGCGUGCUGACCUUUUGCGUGGGAGCUAGCCAGGCGGACAAGGCAGAGCUGGAGCAGAUUGCUUUUAACCCGAGCCUGGUGUAUCUCAUGGACGAUUUCAGCUCCCUGCCCGCUCUGCCUCAGCAGCUGAUUCAGCCCCUAACCACGUAUGUUAGUGGAGGUGUGCAGGAAGUUCCACUCGCCCAGCCAGAGAGUAAGCGGGACAUUCUGUUCCUUUUUGAUGGCUCGGCCAACCUCCUGCGCCAGUUCCCUGUGGUCCGAGACUUUCUCUACAAGAUCAUCGAUGAGCUUGACGUGAAACCGGACGGGACCCGCAUCGCGGUGGCUCAGUACAGCGACGACGUCCGGGUGGAGUCGCGCUUCGAUGAGCACCAGAGUAAGCCCGAGAUCCUGAAUCUCGUGAAGAGGAUGAAGAUCAAGACGGGCAAAUCCCUCAACCUGGGCUACGCCCUGGACUACGCGCAGAGGUACAUCUUUGUGAAGUCCGCCGGCAGCCGGAUUGAGGAGGGCGUGCUUCAGCUGCUGGUGCUGCUGGUGGCGGGAAAGUCGUCAGAUCGCGUGGAGGAGCCGGCCAGUAACCUGAAGCAGAGCGGGGUGGUGCCUUUCAUCUUCCAAGCCCGGAACGCGGACCCCGCCGAGCUGGAGCAGAUAGCGCUUUCCCCGGCCUUCAUCCUGGCUGCAGAGUCGCUUCCCAAGAUUGGAGACCUUCAGCCACAGUUCGUGAAUCUCCUGAAAUCGGUGCACAACGGGGCGCCAGCACCAGUUUCAGGUGAAAAGGACGUGGUGUUUGUGAUGGACGGCUCUGACGGCGUCAGCAGCGGCUUCCCCCUGCUGAAGGAGUUCGUGCAGAGGGUGGUGGAGAGCCUGGACGUGGGCCCGGACCGGGUGCGCGUGGCCGUGGUGCAGUACAGCGACCGCACCAGGCCCGAGUUCUACCUGAAUUCGUACAUGGACCAGCAGGGCGUGGUCAACGCCAUCCGCAGGCUGACCCUGCUGGGAGGGCCGACCCCCAACACCGGGGCCGCGCUGGACUUCGUCCUGAGGAACAUCCUGGUCGGCUCUGCGGGGAGCAGGAUAGCGGAGGGCGUGCCCCAGCUGCUCAUCGUCCUCACGGCCGACCGGUCUGCGGACGACGUCAGGGGCCCCUCGGUGGUCGUGAAGAGGGGCGGGGCCGUGCCCAUCGGCAUUGGCAUCGGGAACGCCGACAUCUCCGAGAUGCAGACCAUCUCCUUCAUCCCAGACUUCGCGGUGGCCAUCCCCACCUUCCGCCAGCUGGGGACCGUCCAGCAGGUGAUCUCCGAGAGGGUGGCCCGGCUCAGCCGCGAAGAGCUGAGCCGGCUGCAGCCCGUCUUGCUGCCUCCAACGAGCCCAGGUGUCGGCAGCAAGAAGGACGUGGUGUUUCUCAUCGACGGGUCCCAGAGUGCCGCGCCCGAGUUCCAGUACAUCCGCACCCUGGUGGAGCGGCUGGUGGACUACCUGGACGUGGGCUUCGACACCACGCGCGUGGCCGUCAUCCAGUUCAGCGAGGACCCCAAGGUGGAGUUCCUGCUGAACGCGCACUCCAGCAAGGACGAGGUGCAGAACGCGGUGAGGCGGCUGCGGCCCAAGGGCGGGACGCAGGCCAACGUGGGCAGCGCCCUGGAGUACGUGUCCAGGAACAUCUUCAAGAGGCCGCUGGGGAGCCGCAUCGAGGAGGGCGUCCCGCAGUUCCUGGUCCUCGUCUCCUCCGGGAAGUCUGACGACGAGGUGGACGACCCCGCCGUGGAGCUCAAGCAGUUCGGCGUGGCGCCUUUCGCGGUGGCCAGGAACGCCGACCAGGAGGAGCUGGUGAAGAUCGCGCUGAGCCCCGAGUACGUGUUCUCGGUGAGCACCUUCCGCGAGCUGCCCAGCCUGGAGCAGAAGCUGCUCACGCCCAUCACCACCCUCACCUCCGAGCAGAUCCAGCGCCUGCUGGCCAGCACCCGCUACCCUCCCCCAGCUGCUGAGAGUGAUGCUGCUGACAUCGUCUUUCUAGUCGACAGCUCUGACGGCGUUAGGUCUGAUGGCAUCGCACACAUUCGAGAUUUUGUGAGCAGGAUUGUUCGGAGACUCAACAUUGGGCCCAACAAAGUGAGAAUCGGGAUGGUGCAGUUCAGCAAUGAUGUCUUCCCGGAAUUCUAUCUGAAGACUUACAGGUCCCAGGCCCCUGUGCUGGAAGCCGUCCGGCGCCUGAGGUUCAAAGGGGGGUCCCCGCUGAACACUGGCAGAGCUCUGGAGUUCGUGGCAAGAAAUCUCUUCGUGAAGUCGGCUGGGAGCCGGAUAGAAGACGGGGUGCCCCAACACCUGGUGCUGGUCCUGGGUGGAAAAUCCCAGGAUGAUGUUUCCAGGUUUGCCCAGGUGAUACGCUCCUCGGGGAUUGUGAGUUUAGGGGUAGGAGACCGGAACAUCGACAGAGCCGAGCUGCAGACCAUCACCAACGACCCCAGACUGGUCUUCACAGUGCGAGAGUUCACGGAGCUUCCCAGCUUAGACCAGAGGGUCAUGAGCUCAUUUGAACCCUCUGGAGUCACUCCCGCACCGCCAGGGGUGGACCAGCUGCCUCCUUCACGGCCAGAGAAGAAGAAAGCAGACAUUGUGUUCCUGUUGGACGGUUCCAUCAAUUUCAGGAGGGACAGUUUCCAAGAAGUGCUCCGCUUCGCAUCAGAGAUUGUGGACACGGUUUAUGAAGAAGGCGACUCCAUCCAGGUGGGAGUGGUCCAGUACAACUCCGACCCCACAGACGAAUUCUUCCUGAAGGACUAUUCCACCAAGAGGCAGAUCAUCGACGCCAUCAACAAAGUGGUCUACAAGGGGGGAAGACACGCCAACACCAGGGUGGGCCUCGAGCACCUGCGGCUCAACCACUUUGUGCCCGAGGCGGGCAGCCGCCUGGACCAGCGCGUCCCCCAGAUAGCCUUUGUGGUCACAGGAGGGAAGUCGGCAGAGGAUGCUCAGGACGUGAGCCUGGCGCUCACCCAGAGAGGGGUCAAGGUGUUUGCGGUUGGCGUGAGGAACAUCGACUCGGAGGAGGUGGGCAAGAUAGCGUCCAACAGCGCCACGGCGUUCCGGGUGGGCAAUGUCCAGGAGCUGUCGGAACUGAGCGAGCAAGUUUUGGAAACUUUGCAUGACGCAAUGCAUGAGACCCUGUGCCCGGGCGUGUCCGAUGUUUCUAAAGCUUGUAAUCUGGAUGUGAUCCUGGGGUUCGACGGUUCCAGAGACCAGAACAUAUUUGUGGCCCAGAAGGGCCUCGAGUCCAAGCUGGAGGCCGUCUUGAACAGAAUCAGCCAGAUGCAAAGGAUCAGCUGCAGCGGCAACCAGAUGCCCACGGUGCGUGUGUCGGUGGCAGCCAACACGCCCUCGGGGCCCGUGGAGGCCUUUGACUUCGACGAGUACCAGCCAGAGAUGCUGGAGAAGCUCCAGAACAUGCGCAGCCAGCACCCCUACGUCCUCACGGCGGACACGCUGAAGGUCUAUCAGAACAAGUUCAGGCAGUCCUCGCCCGACAGCGUGAAGGUGGUCAUUCACUUUACUGAUGGAGUGGACGGAGAUCUGGCUGAUUUACACAGAGCUUCUGAGGACCUGCGACAAGAAGGUGUCCGAGCUCUGAUCCUGGUGGGCCUCGAACGAGUGGCCGACCUGGAGCGGGUGACGCAGCUGGAGUUCGGGCGAGGGUUCAUGUACGACAGGCCUCUGAGGCUCAACCUGCUGGACUUGGACUACGAGCUGGCAGAGGAGCUCGACAACAUUGCCGAGAAGGCCUGCUGCGGGGUCCCCUGCAAGUGCUCCGGACAGAGGGGAGAUCGUGGGCCCCUCGGCAGCAUCGGGCCAAAGGGCAUUCCUGGAGAAGACGGCUACAGAGGUUACCCUGGUGAUGAGGGUGGACCUGGUGAGCGAGGUCCGCCUGGCGUGAACGGCACUCAAGGCUUCCAGGGCUGCCCGGGCCAGAGAGGAGUGAAGGGCUCUCGAGGAUUCCCAGGAGAGAAGGGUGAAAUAGGAGAGAUUGGGCUGGACGGUCUUGACGGCGAGGAGGGAGACAAAGGAUUGCCCGGCUCUUCUGGAGAGAAAGGGAACCCUGGAAGAAGGGGCGAUAAAGGCCCCAAAGGGGACAAAGGAGAAAGAGGAGACGUUGGCAUUCGCGGUGACCCGGGUGAGUCAGGACGGGACAGCCAGCAGAGAGGACCCAAAGGAGAAACCGGUGACAUCGGCCCCAUGGGUCUCCCAGGAAGAGACGGAGUAUCUGGAAGUCCUGGAGAAAAUGGGAGGAAUGGCGGCUUUGGCCGAAGGGGCCCUGCAGGAGCUAAGGGCAACAAGGGCAAUCCAGGCCAGCCCGGCUUCGAGGGAGAGCAGGGGACCCGAGGUGCCCAGGGCCCAGCUGGUCCCACUGGUCCUCCAGGCUUGAUAGGAGAACAAGGCAUUCCUGGAGCUCGGGGACCUGCAGGUAACGCCGGUGUCCCUGGAGAACGUGGCAGAACCGGUCCCCUGGGAAGAAAGGGCGAGCCCGGAGGCCCAGGACCCAAGGGCGGCAUCGGGAACCGCGGCCCCCGUGGGGAGACGGGAGAUGACGGGCGGGACGGAGUUGGCGGUGAAGGACGCAGAGGCAAAAAAGGAGAAAGAGGAUUCCCUGGCUACCCAGGACCAAAGGGCGGCCCCGGCGAGCCUGGGGCAGACGGGCCGUCAGGACCCAAAGGCAUCAGAGGCCGGAGGGGAAAUUCGGGACCUCCAGGAAUAGUCGGGCAGAAGGGAGACCCCGGCUACCCCGGACCGGCUGGUCACAAGGGCAACAGAGGCGACUCCAUCGAUCAAUGUGGCCUUGUCCAGAGCAUCAAAGAUAAGUGUCCUUGCUGCUAUGGGCCCCUGGAAUGCCCCGUCUUCCCGACAGAGCUGGCCUUUGCGUUAGACACCUCCGAAGGCGUCACCCAAGACACGUUCAGCCGGAUGAGAGACGUGCUGCUGAGCAUCGUGGGCGACAUGACCAUCGCCGAGAGCAACUGCCCACGGGGGGCCCGAGUGGCCGUGGUCACCUACAACAAUGAGGUGACCACGGAGAUUCGGUUUGCCGACUCCAAGAGGAAAUCUAUCCUCUUGGACAAGAUUAAGAACCUUCAGGUGGCUCUGACCUCCAAACAGCAGAGUCUGGAAACUGCCAUGUCCUUCGUGGCCAGAAACACGUUUAAGAGAGUGCGGAGCGGAUUCCUGAUGAGGAAAGUGGCCCUGUUCUUCAGCAACAGGCCCACGCCCGCAUCCCCACAGCUCAGGGAGGCCGUGCUAAAGCUCUACGACGCGGGGAUCACGCCCCUGUUCCUUACGAGCCAGGAGGACCGGCAGCUCAUCAAUGCCCUGCAGAUCAAUAACACGGCGGUGGGGCACGCACUCGUGCUGCCCGCGCGGGCAGACCUCACAGACUUCCUGAAGAACGUCCUCCUGUGCCACGUGUGCCUGGACAUCUGCAACAUCGACCCGUCCUGCGGAUUUGGCAGCUGGAGGCCUGUCUUUAGAGACAGGAGAGCGGCAGGGAGUGACGUGGACAUCGACAUGGCUUUCAUCUUGGACAGCUCCGAGACCACCACUCUGUUCCAGUUCAACGAGAUGAAGAAGUACAUAGGCUACCUGGUCAGGCAGCUGGACAUGAGCCCAGACCCCAAGGCCUCCCAGCACUUCGCCAGAGUGGCUGUCGUGCAGCACGCGCCCUACGAGUCGGCGGGCAACGCCAGCGUGCCGCCUGUGAAGGUGGAGUUCUCCCUGACCGACUAUGGCUCCAAGGAGAAGAUGGUGGCCUUCCUCGACAGGGGGAUGACACAGUUGCAGGGAACCAGGGCCUUGGGCAGCGCCAUUGACUACACCAUAGAAAACGUCUUCGAAAGCGCGCCAAACCCCCGGGACCUGAAAGUCGUGGUGCUGAUGCUGACAGGCCGGGUGCAGGAGCAGCAGCUGGAGGAGGCCCAGAGAGCCAUCCUGCAGGCCAAGUGCAAGGGCUACUUCUUCGUGGUUCUGGGCAUCGGCAGGCAGGUGAAUGUCAAGGAGGUAUACGGCUUCUCCAGCGAGCCGAACGACGUCUUCUUCAAGCUGGUGGAUAAGUCGACCGAGCUCAACGAGGAGCCUCUGAUGCGCUUCGGGAGGCUGUUGCCAUCGUUCGUCAGCAGUGAAAAUGCUUUUUACUUGUCCCCAGAUAUCAGGAAACAGUGUGAUUGGUUCCAAGGGGACCAACCAGCAAAGAAUUCUAUGAAGUUUGGUCACAAACAAGUAAACAUUCCAAACAAUGUUACUUCAAGUCCUACAUCCAAACCAGUGACCACAACGAAGCCAGUGACCACAACAAAGCCGGUGACCACCACAACAAAGCCAGUAACUAUCGUAAAUCUGCCAUCUGUGAAGCCAGCCCCUCCCAAGGAGCCGGCCGCUGCAAAGCCAGCCCCUCCCAAGGAGCCGGCCGCUGCAAAGCCAGUCCCUCCCAAGGAGCCGGCUGCUGCAAAGCCAGCCCCUCCCAAGGAGCCGGCUGCUGCAAAACCUGCCCCUCUGAAGGAGCCGGCCGCUGCAAAACCUGUGGCUGCCAAGCCUGUGGCCACGAAGACGGCCACGGUCAGACCUGCAGUGGCGGCGAAGCCAGUGGCAGCAAAGCCUGCAGCAGCAGGGAAGCCAGCAGCUAUGAGACCUCCUGCUGCUCCUGCAAAACCAGUGGCCACCAAGCCCGAGGCUCCUAGGCCACAGGCAGCCAAGCCAGCCACCACCAAGCCAGCCACUGCUAAGCCUGUGGCGAAGGCGUCCCGAGAAGUGCAGGUGACCGAGAUCACCGAGAACAGCGCCAGGAUCCACUGGGACAGGCCCGAGCCCCCGAGUUCUUACUUUUAUGACCUCACAGUCACCUCCGCCCAGGAUCAGUCCCUGGUUCUGAGGCAGAACCUCACGGUCACCGACCGCGUCGUCGGGGGCCUGCUCGCCGGGCAGACGUACCACGUGGCAGUGGUCUGCUACGUGAAGUCGCAGGUCAGAGCCGCCUACCACGGCAGCUUCAGUACAAAGAAAUCUCAACCUCCGCCUCCACAGCCCGCAAGGUCAGCUUCUAGUUCAACCAUCAAUUUAAUGGUGAGCACAGAACCGUUGGCUCUUACCGAAACAGAUAUAUGUAAGUUGCCGAAAGAAGGAGGGACUUGCAGGGACUUUGUACUGAAAUGGUACUACGACCCAAAGACCAAAAGCUGCGCCAGGUUCUGGUACGGAGGCUGCGGUGGAAACGAAAACAACUUCGAGUCACAGAAAGAAUGUGAAAAGGUUUGCGCUCCUGUGCCCGCCAAGCCUGAAGUCCUGAGUGCCAUCGGAACCUAAGUGUGGCUCGCCAGUGACAUAUACCUCUUGAAGAAGAAGGAGUCAGCCGUUGCCAAGUCGUCUCUGUAGAAGCUCCGGUGUAGGUUCCCUUGCACGGUACCAUUACACGCUUUGACUUACACUCGAGCUGGGAGGAACCUUCUGCUGCACGCCCUGUCGAUAUGGUGCUAACUGUGUCUGUGGACCCAGCGUCGCGUCUCCCGGCAGUUCUGUCGUACACCUGGAACGUCGUGUACUAGUUACCCACUGCUGGUGUUGAUGUGAACAUUCCCCUACAUUCAACUUCCCUCUGGAGUUCUGUGUUGUGCCUGUUUUAGGCAAAUGUAAAGUCUAGAAAAUAAUCCAGAUGUCACGGCUACUCUGUAUCCUUUCGCUUGGUUCAUUUUUUUCCUCCUCUUAGUUAAGCAUGACUUUAGACGGAAAGCCCGUGUGUAGUGGAGAAGCAAGACUUCACUUUUUCAUUCUCCCCUAAUCUCCUGGAUUAGUGUUCAAGCUAAUUUUCUUUUUCUGAAGCCUCUAACAAAUGAUGUAGUUAGAAAGAAGCCAAAUCCUUUGCUCUAUGUGCACCGUUGGGACCAAUGCCUUAAUUAAAGAAUUAAAAGAAAGUCGUAAUAGAGAAUAUUUUUGGCAUUCCUCUAAUGUUGUGGGUUUUUUUUUUUUUUUGUGCGGGGUGGGGAAUUAAUUUUAAUUUUAAAACUUUUAGGAAAUUUAUACAAAGAAACUUUUUAAUAAAGUCUAUUGAAAGU